AUGANAGAGAGCACGCUCACCUACACAGCGUUUCAGCAUCCUUACCUUCUCUCUCUCUCUCCCUCUCUCUCGCACGCGUCGCCACGCAGCGUGCAGACGAGCAGGGCCGACGUCCCCGACGCCGACACCGUCGUCUACAACAGCACCGGUGUCGCCACCUACCUGUACCCGGCGAAAUACUACAGCUCGUGCACGCUCGACAUGACCUACUUCCCCUUCGACGAACAGGAAUGCCAUCUUAUUUUCCUCUCGUGGACGCACAGCGGCGCUGAGAUCGACGUGCAGGCGAAGAGCCACACAGCCGACACAUCCUUCUUCGUCGCCCACGAAGAAUGGCUGCUCGUCGGCACGGCCGUGAAGCGCCACCUGGUGCGCUACCCGUGCUGCGAGGCGCCUUACCCGGACAUCCGCGUCACGUUUCGGCUGCGCCGCAAGCCGCUCUUCUACGUGUUCAACCUGAUCGCUCCCAGCGUCGUCAUCACCGUCGUCGCCAUCGUCGGCUUCUUUACGCCGCAGACGGCGCACGGCGAGCGCGAGGAGCGGGUGACGCUCGGCAUCACGACGCUGCUGUCCAUGUCCGUGCUGCUGAUGAUGGUGUCCGACGAGAUGCCGGCCACCUCCAACUCUGUGCCGCUCAUCGGUAAAUAUUACGGCUCGCUCAUCAGUGUUGUAUCGCUGGGCAUCGUACUAUCCGUGCUCAUACUGCACAUCGAUGACAAGGGCAAUCACGGCGAGCCCGUGCCGCGCGCCGUACGCUCGCUGUUCUUCACCUGCCUUGCCGUGCCCGUGUUCGUACACAUAGAUGCCGAGCUACAGGAACCACCGCCACGCAGCGAG